AUGUCUGACCUCAGUUCUGGGACUGAAGAGGGAUCUGCAAUGGAUGGAUCAGUCUUGACAUACAUGUUCGAAACCCGCGACUUUGCAGAUGUCACAGUUUUCGUAGGCGCCACAAAGAAAGCCUUCCGCCUUCACCGUUCAGUAAUCUGUUCCACCUCUGAAUUCUUCCAAACCGCCUGCAAAACGGGUACAUUCAAAGAAGGGACCACCCGAGAAAUCCAUCUCCCAGAAAUCGACGCCACAACUUUCGAAAAAGUUGCUGCCUGGCAGUACGAACAGGGAUAUGAUAUACAAUGGUCUUCGGGAAAGUAUGAUCUCCUAAUGUUCCAAGCGGCGGACUAUCUUCAAAUAGAAUCUCUCCGUCACGAGGUUCUUAAACAACUGGCUAAAGUUUGUGAGACUAAGCUUUGUGAGUUGAGGAAGAUCAAAACGGACUUUGCGAUGGAGGAAUUGUUGGACAAUUUCUCAAAGAUAUGUGAGCUUUGUCGUAAAUCUGAGCUGGAAUUGCUCGGCGAUAUUGCGAAGAGCAUUGCUUGUCAUUGGGAAAUUGACGUGGAGGCAUUGUUGAAUACUUUGAACGACGGGGCUUAUGGGAAUACGUUCUUGGCGGUGAUGUUGGGAGUUCAUCGAUCUAGUCGUUGUGGGUACGGGACCUUUGUGUGGGACUGA